GAACCAAUUGAUACAAUAAAAAUAAAUUAAAUUCUGGAUAAAUCUGUUGCUAAUGUUAAUACUGAUGUUUAAAAAUACGAUUCUUUCUGGUAUAUAACACGGACGUGUGUACAUUUUUGAAAUACAUAAUAUACUUCGGAAUUGAAACAUUUGUUCACAAUGCAAAUACAGAAUGUGUACAGCUAUCUUUUGACAGAAAUGGACAGGCAAUGAAAAUGUUAUUUGUUAAUAUUUUUUUGUACUAAAUUAAUGAAGUGAGAUCAUAGAAUGUGAUUAUAAUGGGAGGUUGCAUCGGAUUAACUAGAAGCAGAAGCGGCCCUAUGGAAGGGUCGUCGGGAACUGUGUCGCGGCCUAAUUCCGGUGCUCUGAGGAAAAAUCAAUCCCUGUGUCAUGAAACGAUUCGGUGGAAGUCUGAUGUACCAUUAACAGAAGGCCAGCUGCGUAGUAAACGUGAUGAGUUCUGGGACACGGCGCCGGCGUUCGAGGGCCGGAAGGAGAUCUGGGACGCGCUGCGUGCAGCCGCCGUGGCCGCUGAGGCCAUGGACUUCCAGUUGGCGCAGGCAAUACUUGACGGCGCGAGUGUAUCCGUGCCGAAUGGCUACCUCACAGAGUGCUAUGAUGAAUGGGGAACUAGAUAUCAGGUACCAAUAUAUUGCCUGUCCCCGCCCAUCAACAUGGUGAAGGAGGCGUGCGGGCGCGACUCGCCAGCUGAGUGGUCGGAGCCUGCAGAUGGAGGCGCUGCUUUGGCGCUCCGGCUGCGGCUUUCAACCACAUGCCGUGACCUCGAGCUGCGAGUAGGCGCCCGGCACACCAUCGCACACUGCAAGACUGAGCUGCAUGCGCUGGAAGGCAUAGAGCCGUGGCGCCAGCGCUGGUUCUACGGUGGCAAGCUGCUGGGCGACCGGCUGCUUGUGGAGGAGGCGCGCAUCACGCCCGGCUACGUGGUGCAGGUCAUCGUCAGCACCGAGCCGCGCCCCCCCAGCUAGGAGCUUCGCCCCCGUCAGCCCCGCCAGCCCCGCACGGUAACACACGCCGCUACUGCAACUAGGGUCUUACACACAGUUUACAUUGUUACAAUCCAGCGACAACGCCCACACUGGAACCCACACAGCAUUCCAGUUGCAAUUUCACUGGAAUAAUGUAAACUGGAUGUAACGGUGAAUAUUCAAUGUAGUGACACUUGUAUUACAAUAUUGGUGUUCCUCUCGCAAUAGUGUUGUUACAAGUGUGACGGACAUUUGAAAUUCCCGAUAACUACACAUCGAUUCUCGCAUUCUGUGGCCGAUUAUAAACAACAAUAUCGAUUUUAUGCUUGGUUUGAUUGUUUGAGUUGUUCUUUUUUUUAAUUUUAUUUUUAAA